AUCAGCGUUGUAGAGCUUCCAUUGAUAUUCUUAUCGGAAAGACAAAAAGUUAUAAAACCACAAUCCUCUGUGAUAACUGUGCAUAACUCGUUAAAAUAUUAACAGAAUAUUUGCAAAAAUCUAUCAAUUAUCAAAUAUGGAUAGAUGGAAUAUCUCGUUAAAUUCUGCAACGGAAUAUUGUUUUCAACCGUUGCCUGCUACAGAAGGUGAUCGGCAGAGCAUAGAAAUUCCAAUAGAAAAGAUGUUUGACAGGCUGCUUCUUCAUCCGGGCCUUCAGACUAUCUUUCCAGUCUCCGAGAAUCGUGAUGUGAUAAUAAACAUAACGCGAGGUGCUUUGAUGAGUCUCAUAAGGUUCCUUACUUCUGGGACAUGUACCAUUAAUGGCUGGACAGACUGUCUGGUAUUGUAUCACACAGCUACAAUGUAUGAUGUGAGGUAUUUAAAAUGCCUCUGCGAAGAAUUCUUCGCUGAAAAUCCUAUAACUGCAGAGAACGUGCACGAAAUCCAUCCGUUAGCUACGCGCAUGGGAAUAAAUCCAGUUAUUCAAGCAAGCGCAAAAGUUCUGGAUGAACUUUCCCGUGCACAUAGAGGUUCUGUGCCUCCGUAUCACUAUUGUUUCGUGAUAAAUUCAGAAUACAUAGCUCCCUUGCAGUUGAAAGUGCCUUUAGGCAGUAUAAAAUGCAGUUGGUUCGAUGGUUGUGAAGCCGAUGUAGUGAAUGACAUUAUUUUGCAAUCGGCUUCAAGAAAGGGACUCUUUCACAUUCUGGGAAUUCAAAUAAAACUGAAGCUUGAUAAUGCAGACGAUAUGUCUGCACUGAAAAUCUAUGUCGAAGCAUCCAACGAUAAAGAAUACAUUCGAUUCCAAGAACAAAGAUCCAAGAUAACAAGUCUUACUCCAGUUAUAAGGUUCCGGCGGAAUUUAUUGUUAAGACCUGAGCAGUUGGCAUCGAUCCAUGUCACGAUUCAUAAUAUAAAGCCAAAGUAUUGCUCUACGUUAAAGAAAACAUGUGCUUUUCAAAGUUUCAAAGAAGGCAAACUGAUAGCUACUUUUAAAUCAAAUCGAACUGGCUCAAACAAGAACGAAACUCGAUUUUUUAUAGAAAGUGUAUUAUAUGUGAGACAAUAUCCAAAAGCAGUUUUAUGAAUGUAAUUUAGGAUGACUUUGCAAAGAAGUAACUUACCAGAUUAAAUUCAGAAUACUUGUAAAAUAUGGUCAAAAUUUCUCAUUGGUUUAUAAUUUCCUUCUGUUAAAAACUCAUAAAAAUAGACUGUUUUGAUUAAAAUUACUGUGUUACAAAACGCUGAACACUAUUUAUUACUUUUGUUAAAAAUUCAUAAAGAGGAUAUCAAGUUUUGAUUUGUAAUUAUCGUAUUGCUUAACAAUGAACAUUAUUUAGUGCUUUUGUUAAUUCAAAGAAAUAGAGUUUUAAUUCAUAUUACUAUAUUGUAUAAUAAUAAAUAUUAUUUUUUGAUUUUUUAACUCAUAAAA